CUUCACAACCGGGAUAACUAGAUCCUUUGACCUGCAACUUCUGUUCACCGGUGGAUUAUUGGUCCACCACCUUUCGGUCCAGAAGCUAUCCACUCUUUCUAAUCAGCAUUUCCUGAUGAGCCUUGUCACAUCUGCUUUUUCUUCUUUCAUUCUUUCGUUCUUCCUGGUUCAAUUCAGUCACGUUGAGGUGCAUAGUCAGGGGUCAUACCGGUACCAGGUUUACGUGGGUUUGAGGGAGGUGGAAGUUCACUCCGCAGCUGUCGGUGUCGUUUGCAACCUAUGGCCGCCCUUUGGCGUCGCAAGCCACGCAUUUCAAAGGUUGUCAAGUUUCAUUUCGCAAAUGAUCAGAAGGGAACCUGAUUGGGAGUACUGCCAGUUUAGUUCGAUAAAAGAUGCCGCUGGCCAUGUGUUCCCAUGCAUGCAUCCAUCACACAAAAGAGGAGGUGGAUACCUUUUUCUUCAAGAUUUCAUACCUACUCUAUCUCUCUCGCCUUCUAGCUGUCAUGAGAGUAAUUUGACGUAUUCUCGCUUGAUGUUUGGAUUCUGUUUGUGUUCGUCAGCUCGGGCCUUCUAGUUGCAUCGUUUGCUUUGAAGACCGAAUCGUUAUGCGGCUGGCCGCCGAGCUUUCCUGUGUUCUGUUCCAUUGCUUGUUGCCCCCCUCUCCUCUUGUAAGACAGGUAAUUCUCAUUGCGUAGGCAGAGCAAUGGUAACUGUUCAGAUUCCAAUAUGAGGC